CCUGUAUAGCUAGUUUGCGAUUCGACUGUCUUCUUUACUCAUGAUGAAGUACCCUUGUGGCAACUGCCGUUCUAACUGUGGACGCAAUUCUAUAGAAUGUUCUGCAUGUUUCCACUGGAUCCACAGGAGCUGUGUGCCACUUGAUAGCAAGCAACUCCAGGAAUGGGGUGGUGAUGGACUGCAGUUUGUGUGCAAGAAAUGUGCUUUUAAUGGGAGCACUUACAACUUCACAGCUGCUCUUGAUAGAUUAAAUAAAGUACCAAGAUCCUCCAAACAAGAGCUGAUGGAUGCUGCCAGGAGUGAAAGUCUGUUGCUGGAGACUUACAAGAUAAGCCUGCCUGCUUGGUCAAAACGAGAACCUGGCAAUGUGACUGGCACGCCUGACACUGUAGCUGUUGGGGUGUUACAGCUGUUACACCCUGUGGUACUCGACACGCACGUGCCUCUGUCUGUGAUAGGUGAUGGAAACUUUGUAUAGAGCUGUGUCACGUGCACUGUACAACACAGAGGAACAUCACUUGUUAAUAAGACUCAAAGCAGCAUUGGAGAUUGCUAUGUAUCCCAGCUACUAUGACGUAGAGGAUCCACAUUAUGUCGACCAGGUGAAGGACGACAGGCUACUGCAUGACACAUACGAUGGAUUGCUGUCUUCUGCUGCUACCCCUGGUGUGCCUGCUGAAAUGCUGCACAUAUAUGCAGUCAGUGCUGUACUGUCUAUAUCUGUGCAUUCGUACUGCCCUCCUACAAUCAGUGUUGGACUACUUGGAGGACCAUUAACAAGGACAGUGUAUGGGAGGUCCGUUCGCACUGCUAAGUCACCUGAUGUCACACUUAUGUGGACUACUAUGUUUGUCCCAAAGAAGGCCUGCUUCUUCAAGCCUAACCAUUUCGUGGUACUGCAUGACCUGCGAAACCCAGAAGUCAUCAACUUAUCAACUAACUCCACAGAAGACCUCCCAUUAGUGGAUUUGACUGUUAUAAAUGACAAGGAAUCGCCAACACUUGGUGCACUAAUUCACGCAACUCCAGCCAGACAUAGCAAGGGAUACAAACCACGCAUAUUGCACACUAGCACCCGACUCAGUCUUCUGUCGCCACAAGGAAAACAUCGCACAAACGCUUUUGCUGCAGGCAAGACGUGCAUGGCCGACAGUUGCACUGCAGACGGCAGUCAAGCUGAUUGUUGUGAUGUUCAAGUCCAGGUCAGCUUUGCCGACAGCAACGAUAGAGACAACAGUAGCAGUCACUGCAUUGAAGAAGGAACCUGUAAGAACAGCGUUGCCGAAAAUGAAGCAGUAAGCUUUAGGGAGAACAGUCUUGCCGACGACACUACCGACAGAAGCAGCGAUGACACAGAAGAAAGCAGUGACGCUACCCCAGCUGGUUGCAUUGCAGAAGGUGGCAAAGAACUCCCCAUUGGACCACAUGCAGCGCCAGCAUUUCUUGCCAUCGACGACUGUGUCACGUUAAUUAGGUCAACUAACAAAGACCAAGUUACCGAUUAUGUGCCAAGAGGUACCAAAGAAAACAGAUACUACUUGGUGAAAAACACAGACAAUCUUAAGCGACGAGAUGAGGGGAAAAUGAGCCAGUUUUGGGACGACUGCGGCACUUGGGCGAAAGGAGGUCCAACAACUAAGACGUUAUACCUGUGUCUACCCCAGAAAAAUCUCCAGAAAGUGGUUUUAAAGAAUGAGGUCUACUGCUGGGAAAGAACAAAGCAAAAGAAGACGGUGUACAUUCCUCUAGAACCACAGCCAGAUGACGAUCAUCGUCAGGGGCACUUACUACAGUUUUGGGAGUUGACAAGACAUACAACUUGGGGGAACUCCACGUCACUGCAACAGUCUUCAAAAACUUAGCUGUCAGAAGACGAUCCACUGACGACCACCCAAUUAUGGCGGGCCCGAUAUUUCUUCAUGGGAAUUCGGACACCGACACAUAUUUCGUAUUCUUCCAACAUUUGGCUGGGAUGCUAGUGGACACUGAUGUUCACCCUGUCCUUGGAAGCGACGAAGAGAAGGCAAUUCGUCUGGCUUUUCAAAAAGCCUUUCCUGGUGCUUCCAUGAUUUGUUGCACAAGACAUCUUAGAAACAAUGUCAAUGAGUUUUUAAAAGACAAAUCUGGAUGCAACAAUGCUACUCGAAAAAUCAUCACUGCAAAGAUUUUUGGAGAGGAAGGUAUCGUAGCUGCAGAUGAUGAUUUAUCAUGGGAGAUGAAAGUCGAGGAUUGCAAGAAACUAAUAACUGAUCAAACACCCAGCUUCCUACAGUACUUUAAUUCUCGCAUUGUCCCACUCCUGACUGAAAACUUCAAUACAACCAAAAAUCGUUCCUUGCAUAAAAUAACAAUGACCUGGACAAACAAUAAUUGCGAAAGCUUGAAUCAUGUCAUCAAACAAGCUAUUGAAUGGAAAGCUAAGAAGCUUAAUGAACUGGUGCUGAAACUUCAGGAUAUAGUCAGCGCACAAUAUAAAGAAGUAACGAAGUAUGCUGAACAUGGGAGACUUCCUUUUGGAUCAUGCCUACAUGUCAUUUACACUGAACAAGGAUAAAUGGUGUACUAUGACAUGUGCACAAAGAGAUGGACACAUGUGGCGUUUUCUUAAGAAACCCAAAGACUUAGACAAUAAAAUCAGCAGGACCGAGCAUGGACACAUGGCCGUUACGCCAAAACAUCGUGGAAAAAAAACCAGGUCAAAGAAAACGGACAAAGGCUGUUAAAUCAACAUCA